AUGAAGAAGGCUCUGUUGAUCUUGGUUGCGCUGUUUCUGGUGGCGUGUUCUGCUUACUUUUUCACCCCGCCACAACAGGUCUAUCGAACGGCGUUGGCUGUCGAGCAGCGCCUGGCAGGGCUGGUGACCAAGUCGGUCGAUGUAGACGGCCUAAACUGGCAGUACCUGGAAGGUGGUAGGGGCAAACCGUUGGUGUUGCUGCAUGGGUUCGCCGCAGACAAGGGAAACUGGAUAAGGCUAGCUAGGCACUUGUCCAAAGACGCUCGGAUCAUCGCGCCCGACCUGAUCGGAUUUGGUGAUAGCGCUAGUCCAGCUGAUGCCGCAUAUGAUAUCGCUGCCCAGGCCAGUCGCGUGUUGGCAUUUGCCGAUGCGAUCGGGUUGCACGAAUUUGACGUCGGCGGCAGCUCGAUGGGUGGCUACAUCGCCGGCGAAAUGUUCCGACAACAGCCGGAUAGGCUACGCUCAAUGCUUCUGCUAGCCCCGGGCGGAGUGAUUAGUGCAGCCAACAGCGAGAUGUUCGAACUGAUCCUGCAGCAGGGGCGUAAUCCGCUAAUUAUUCAUGACCGCGCCGACGUGGAGAAGACCUGGGAGUUCGUCUUCAAUAACCCGCCAUUUUUUCCGCUUCGUGCUCGGCAUGGGUUUGCCGACCUUCAAUUGGGCCGAGCUGAAGCCUACGAAAAAAUCUUUACUACAAUGACGGCUGAUGCGUUGCCGGUGGAGGAUGCACUGCGCGGCGCCGAUGUUCCGACAUUGAUAGUUUGGGGACAAAAGGACCGCGUCCUUCAUCCGCAAGGCGGUCAGAAACUGGUUGAGAUUAUGCAUCAGGCGACACUGGUGAUGUUACCUGAAGUGGGUCACCUGCCCAUGGUAGAGGUGCCGGAAGUGACCGCAGCUACCUAUUUGGACUGGCGUCAGAAGCGCGGGCUUUAA